AUGUGGUGGUAUGGAAGCGAUUGCGCAAAUCUGCUCUAUUUUUUGUUACAGUGUGUUUCAGUAAUAUGCGUACUAGUUUUGCAGACAAUCUCAUUCUGCAGCGGAAGGAAGGAAAGUGGAUCAUCGAAAGAGACGGUGAUGGCAACUGCGAUAUUAAACGACAAAGAUGAGAAGUUAGCCAGCCCAAUACCAUCCCAAGAAUCUGAUGCCUCAGCGCAGGUGGGAACCAAAGAUACUGACAGCAAGGAACGACGUGGAUCAGCUGAGGAGAAUGGCAGUAUCGAAAGACCUCAACCGAAACAAGUGUUCCCCAAAAGGAGAAAACGUGCCAAGCUCGAUCCUGCUGAUCUAUCAGAAAGCAUAAAAACGGAACAUACUAUCUAUGAAAGGCGUACAAAAACUCGCGACGAUUCAGCUCAACCCUCAAUGAGGUUACAGCAACAUAGGAGUGACAACCUUAUAUUGGAGGAACCCACCCAGAAAGUGCUCUCUCAAGAACCUAUGGUGGAACAGUUAACCGAUGCUUUAAAUGAAGUGAAAACGCAGAAUACGCAGAGGCCGGGGAGGAACGUGCUUGGCGCGGACUUGUUUGAAGAGGAUACACAACCACAAGUAGUUGGGUCAGAAUUACCGGAAAGGCAAGCGAGUUCACCGCGACGGCGGAAGUCUAGACGCAAAAUCACCACGUUGCUUCCCUACCAAGGUACUCCGGUGGUGCAUGCGACAGCUUCGGAAAAAGCUGCCAGAUCGAAGUCGUCAACACCUCUCUGUAAGCAGGAAAUCUCAGAGCCUGUGGGACAGUGGGUGAUGCUUAUGUUUGGGCGGAUAAUAGUAAUGCUCGUUCGAUGGGGUCAGGGUAGCCAGCGAAGGGUCUAG